AUGACCGCGAAGCAGAAGUUUCGGAUGCUUCACGUCUUUGGAUCUGCACAGAAGAUCUUCGAAAUCAUGACCCAAGCCAGCGCGCGAAUUGAGGGCACCACGGAGAGCACCAUAAAACACCUCAAAUCCCCACAGUCCACUUCUUAAGCUGCCAAACGAGUUGCUCUUUCAGAACACCGCUUUCCUGGAAGCCGAAUAUCAAAUCUCACUUCGCAUUUGCUGCCGAUGGCUUCGCCUCCUACUCAGGGGUCUCGACCCGACACUGAGUGAUUUCAGUACGAAGCUGCGGUUUCUAUAGAUGCCUCGAGCCCAACUACCCGGAAUAUCUUCCCUGCCCUAUCAUGUGGAAUCAUGUUCAAAUGGCGCCCUCCGUUUAUGUGUGUCCGCUGUCCACGUGAGGGUCAGCACCCGUCUAUGUCUAGCUGGAAUUCGGCGGCAUACGAAUGUUGGUACUUGGCAGGAACUAUUGAUAUUCGGAUGAGUCGCUCAUUGAUCGAGUUGGUUUUUCGUGCUCACGAACGAGUGAGCGAUAUGGGUAUGCCGUGUCUUGCUUGCGAUCGAGCGGACUGCAUCGCAAAGCGUCUUGUUCCAAAACGAUGCACGCAUGAUUGAUGGAGAACUUGUGCUUGCUACGCGAUGGGGGCUGGACGCAGAGCUUCGUAUGGAUUGGGAAGACCAGUUCAAGCUCUUAUUCUGGGCUUCUUGCUUGCAUUGGCGAACCAAUGGAUGGCACGACAAAAUACCGGCGUUACUCAAGGGUGCGUCCACGACCAUGAUGCCCUUGAAGCCCACGGAAAUCCUCAAGUGCUCCUUUUGCGAAUGUGACUGGCAACUAGAUAUGAAUCACAAAACCGACACACAUUUGAGGAUGCUCUUUUAUGUCCGGAGAAAUUAUGGACGACGGUGCGGAAAAAGGCAAGGGAAUGAGCAAAUUUUUCGUCGUGAGCCCGCACCGCCGCUGGAUAUCGAAUCAGUCGCGCACAGAGAUCUCCGUGCCCUCUUUGAGUCUGGAAAUGAGGAAAGGGGGAGCACGGAGGGCACGGAGGUUUGCUAGCUUUCUAG